AUGCAGCUUGUCUGAGCAGAAGAGGAAUGACUAACAGACACAACUAUUGGGCAGAAACACAAAGCAGAGAAGAAUGGAGAUGAAUCAGACAAACCAAACGGAGGACGACCUCUUCUCCUGCUACAGCUCCUCGGUCAUAGGCUACCGGUAUUUUGCCGUGCUGUGGGGAUGUGUUGUAACCAUCACUGGAACGGUGGGGAAUCUUAUGACUAUCCUGGCCUUCUCCUUGGAUCCCCAUCUCCGGACUCGCUUCAACGUUCUCAUCGUUAACCUGGCUGUGGCUGAUCUUCUGUACUGUACCAUCCUGCAACCCAUCUCUGUUGACUCUUACCUGCACCUUCAAUGGCGAAGUGGUCAGCUCUGGUGCCAGAUCUUUGGGUUACUGCUUUUCCUCUCCAACUCUGUUUCCAUCAUCACCCUCUGCCUGUUGGCAAUAAGCAGAUACCUCCUGGUUGCCAAAAGAGCUGUUUUUGACCGCGUGUUUUCCAAUCGUGGACUUAUUUUGCUCCUUAUCUCAGCAUGGGGUCUGGGUCUGGCCAGCUUUGGCCCACUCUGGUCUACUUACGUGUUUGUGCCUCAGGUGUGCACCUGCAGCUUCCAUCGCACCAAGGGUCGCCCCUAUACCACCAUCCUGCUUUUUUUCUAUUUUUUCUUUGGCCUAGGAUGCGUUGGAGUCUUCUACAUGCUCAUUUACAGAAAGGUUAGGAUUGCAUCAAAAGCUCUGCUCCGCUACAGGCUGAGUCGACACUCUUCCAGGAAGAGACCAGCUCCUUCAGCUCAGGGAACGGAUGAUAGUGGAGUAGAAAGUGGUGUGGGAAAGACAUGUAGCUCAGAGUUAAGCAGCCAAGUGGAACCAGACCAAAGCACAGAUGAUAAGGAAAAAGAGGUUCUACCAUCCAAGAAAUUGGCAACACACUUAAAGUCCCGAGAUGCCAAGUCAGUGACCCAAAGCGCUGCUCCCGCUUCCCAAUCCUCGACUUCAGGAGAUGAUGGAGAAUUCAAAAGGGUGACCCGCAUGUGUUUCACCGUUUUUCUGUGCUUUGUGUGCUGUUAUGUCCCCUUUCUGUUGCUAAAUAUAGCUGAUAAACAAAACCGUGCCCCACAGAUGCUGCACAUGUUCUGUGCAAACCUCACCUGGCUCAAUAGCUGCAUUAACCCUGUGCUGUAUGCACUCAUGAACAGACAGUUUCGACAGGCUUAUAGCGAGCUGCUCAGCAGAUCUGCUUUUCCUUUAACCUACCUCUGCAGCCGACAUCAGACCUCCAAACCCUAAAUUUUCUAUAGCUUAUUUUGACUGACGUGAUGAAAAGGGGAUUUGGAGGCUCUGCUGAGUCUGUGUAAAAUGUUUCCUUUAAUGCCUCCAGUUUCUUGACUUCUCUAGGUCACUUGUGCACAAUGACUUUUAUAUGGCCUGGCCUCAUCAUUUUUGUCAGUACUGAUUUAUUCAUAUUGACAUGCUAUUCUCAGAACUUUUUCAACAGUUUUUGCUUCCUCUAUAAUGCCUUUUGUAAAUUUUGCAAGACUACUUAUUUUGCUUUUGUUUUGUAAUAGCACAAUGUUUUAUACAAAACUUUAAUUUAUCUUUUUAAUCAAGUAAAAAUAAAGUUGAUUUUAUA